AUGUCCAGUCUUCUUGCAGAUGACGCACUCCCUGACACCGACUCGAUAAUAUCUAACGCUAAGUCCACUGCUGUGACUGGAACUGAUUUCUAUCAGCGUGACCUGACGAGUCGCGCAUAUGCCCUUGCUGGAGUGCUCGUGGAUGACGCAACCCUAACGGCCCACUCCUUAACUGGCCUCAUGGCCGUCCUCAUCAUCAUAUCCUACAGCUCAGUGUCACUCUCCUGGCAAGAGUCUGGGAUUAUCAUGGGGUUCCCUAUCCUCAUUUUGGGCAUCGCACUUUCUCUGCAGGUAGCGAUCGCAUUGGCAGGGAUGCAAGCUGUCAAAAUAUUCACAUGGAGCUCCUCACCUUUCGACCUUAUCGCUGCUCUAGUCCAUCACACGCAAUUGACUCCAGCUUCUCUCUUGAAGCCGUCAGAGGUCCAGCCCUCAGCGUGGAGUGCUCACCGUAGCAUCCGGAACGUUGUAUUGUCUCUUUGGGUGCUCGUUGUAGCAUGUGCUGUAUGGGCCGCGUUCGUCAGGUGCGAACAGAACACCCUCACUACGUCCAAAUCGUGGUCAUUCUCUGAUUGGAGGGUUGGCUAUUCCUUCAAGUACACUAUCAAGAGUGUCGGUGUUCUGAUGUGGAUUCUGGCGUUUGUCAACCUGGUGGUUGUCCAGGGACUGUUGACAUUUGUACUGCAUUCCGCCGAGCUCGUGAACAUUAUUCAAAUUGAAAGGCAAUGGAGAUGUGCUACAACAGGGAAAGGACUUCACAGGACGAACCCGCUGCAGGCAUUUUUCAUUAAUCCCCUCGGUAUUUUCCUUUUCAUCCUGAAGGUUGUGCUACGUGGGUCAUUCGCUGUCGCUCUCUUCGACGUUUCCGCAAAUGCCAGGAUUGGGGAGCCCCCUAUAUUCAUCACGUAUAUCUUGAACUUAUUGAUAGCGCUGUUGAUAUUUGCCUGUGUUUUCACUUUCGCCACACUGUGCCGACCACGCGUCCCCCAGCCGGUCGCAUACGGGCACCUCCAGACACUCGCCAACCUCGUGGACGAGUGGUCGGAGGAGAUGUGGUGGGGUCACAAGGAGGACGGGUCCCCGUAUUGUCUUGCUGAGAGGAGCAAUCAUCCGUUGCCGGAUGUGAAAAUGGACUGUCUUUAUGCUGGUUCUUGUGUCGUGUCUCAUUCCACCCAUCCCGGGAGAAGUACCCGCUGUUGA